UGUAACGCCAACCCAUCUUGCCAAUCAAAGCUUCACAUCUGUUUUCUACAUGAAAUGACACUGCCGUUGAAAAUAAAAUCCAGCGUUUUAAAUCCCCCCCAAAAAAUGUCUUCACCAAAUACAAAGACCAACUUGGGAAAUGGCCGUUGUAAGAACCAGUUUCUUUUCUCCGUUUUCGUUGUUAUCGGAUUAAUUUUAAUGGCGGCAUCCGGACUGGUGGUUUACUACGUGUUCUGUGUUCCAGCCCAACCGUUCACCGACAAUGCUGUAAUGGAUAACAAGGUCGAUGUUAGCGUUGUUUGCCCCCCACCAGUUGCUCCAACCAACUGCCCUGCCCCACCUGAUAAUUUACCUCUUUGCAAUUUCGCACCGACUUGUCCGCCCAUACCGGCCGUCCCUUGCGCCAGCGUUCCAGCUCAGGCAUGUCGACCAUGUCCAACUCAUCCGCCGUGCACUGCGUGGAAUUGCCAGCCGGUCACGUGUCCAACUGCGGCUCCCAAUCGCGUCCCAAACAUCAUUGGCAAUUUAUCGUCGUACGAGAUGACCAACACGAAAGCCAUCGAUUUGAUUCGACGCUAUCCACCGAACUCGUACGAACGCCUACAAGUGGCCGUUCAACUCAUGGGUUUCAGCAUCGAAUGGUGGGUCAAUACGCUAACGGUGCGCAAUUGCCGUUUCGACAAGAGACGGGUCUGCACGUUUUGCAAGGAUCGCUAUCGGUACCUGCGCUGCAUUGUGGAAAACGAACUCGAUUCCAACAGAUACACGGACAGGGAAUCCGGUAAUGCCAACAGGAUUUACAUGUUCCAUGACCGCGACGGUCGCGAUUGGUUCCCGCCCAACUUCCGCCAUCGUGUGGAUCAUUCGACUAAGAAUGAGGCGUACACAGACAAGCAGGAUCCGAAUUACGAUGUGACGUACGGCAUGGAGACUGACACGUAUGAGCAUUUUUUCAAAACGCAAAAGGCGCUCAGCUUUUGGAUUGAUAGACCGGGCACGCCCAACAGGAGGCACUGCACACCUUGCGACGGGAACGAUUCGAUGGAGCACGUCAAAUGCACGACGUAUGCACAUUUUGAUUGGGCUUUGGACUGGUGGCCACCGCAUCAGUAG